GUCCCUCCCUCUCCCGCUCCCUCUCCAUCUCUCUCUCUCCCGCUCUGUAACAUUUUUUUGAUUAUGCUUUCUUAGCUUCAGGCUCUGUUUGGUUUGCCUGAAAGCCAAAAAACAAAACGAAAGAAAAGAUGGAAAAUAAGCUAAAAAUUUGAACGUCGUCCUUUUGAUUGGAUCAGUUUUGAAGGCGGUUUAAAAUGUUGGAAAUUUCAUCUCCAAUGACUAUAGUUUUCUUAGUUUCUUUUGCUAAAUUUUCCGAGAAACCAAACGGAGCGCUAGGGUUUAUUGAGAUAAUGCUAAAUCGAAUCUCUGAUUUUUAACCUCUCUGGCGCUCUGAACUACGUAAUCGAAUACUUCUUGUAGAUUUGGUUUAUUGUUCAUGUGUUAGUGUUAUCAAGAUUGCGUCCUAAAUCACCGUACUUCUUAUACAUUGGGUUUAGGGUUUAUGUGUUUGUAUUUUAUAAAUGAGUGCAUGCUAAAUCGCCUCUCUUCUUCUAGAUAGCGUUUAGGGUUUAUGUGUUUGCAUGCUAAUUGCCUUCUUGAGGUGCCUGUAGGAUUCCAGGGAAACAAAAAAUUUCUUCAAAUGUAUCAACGUAUCUUAUUUAUAGUGAAUUUGGGAAGCUUGGGAUAGUUCGUGGAGUUGUUUUAUGCCUCUUUCGUUAGAUAGUCUCCUUCCAAGACCAAAACAAAGAGAUUAAGUUUGUAAUAACUAAGAACUUGCUAUUUCAUGUGUUCAACCAAUGAAGAACAUAUUACACAAGUACAUGUAUCUAUAGGUUGAUAAAAUAAGCCAACUCCUAAUUCGUUACUAGAUUUCUAACAUCUUCAGCAGUAUAGUCUUAUUGUCUCUUUCAUUAAAAAAUAUUGAUUUGACACAUUUGGGUGUUGUUUGUGUUUUGUUAUUAUUACUUUAUUCAAGAUAUGCUGAUCAAGUUUUCCACACAGAUAUGAGGUGUUCGAUUGAGAAUCCUUAUAUCUGAAAGUCAAUGCCCGGAAAGGUGCAAGGUGCCACAUGUUGGUUACCUGGCAGAUAAGAAAAUUUGCUCAAGUAGAAGUGUUGUUUUGGCAUAGCUGCUGCAUUUUUGUUGUUAUGUCAGAAGCUACGAAGGAUCUUGUUGGUUCGAGUGAACGUGGUAAAAUAGGACCAGACUUCUUUGGUUACUAUACACGUUUAGUUACAGAGUUGUUAUCACAAGAAGAAGAUUUUCCACCUUUUGCUUCCCAAUCCUCUGAUCUAUCUCAAAGAAGAAGUGGGAAUGUUAGAGGGAAGGAUGUUAUUGAGCACAGUUAUGGUACUUCUGGUUCUUUAUUUGGUAACAGCAUAGGAACUGGGCUUUCCGAUUUCAAAAAGGAAAGAUUGAAAUCAUUGCUCAGGCAGGGUGUGAAUUUUCUUUCACCAGAAGUUGAUGAGAUGCUAGAACCUGUUGUUGCUAUCAGCCGGUUAAAAUCUCAGCUAACGAGCAGAAACUGUCUAUCGUCUUCUAAAGGUACAUUACCUGACAUUGAUGCAAGGAAUGCUCACUCUAAGAGACCAAAGAGAUCUUCCUCUUUCUCUUCAACCAGUCUCCCUACGCUUUCCACUCCUACCAAUCUCGAGUCUAGCAAAGAGAACUGUGCUCAUGGCCUCACAACAGAAACAGCUAGGUUGAUAGCUGUUCCGGAGGAGCCAAAGGUUGACGAUGAUUUGCAGUUCCUUAUAGAGAAGGAUAGCUUGCAGGUUGAGGAGACAGUGAAGAAAUAUUCUGAUGAAUUUUCUGCAACACUAGGGCACAUGGAACAGCAGCUUGAAAAACUUCUUGAUACUGUGAUGGCUUCGUGCAGGCCUAUGACCCUUCCUGAGAAACACAAGCUUGGAAAAUUGAUUCAGAAGUUACCACCAAAAAAUCUUGACUGUGUUGCAGAAAUGCUUCAACAGAGGAACGCAGCUUGUACAAAUUCCUCUGAUGAAAUUCAUGUGGAUCUUGAAAAACAGAGUAAUGUAACACUUUGGAGAUUGUAUUAUUAUGUUGAAGCUGUUGAGAAAGCUAGAAAGCUAGCCAAGUAGCUUAAUCUGAAAAAAGCUCUAAUACGCCUAUAUGAAACCAACGGAAGUUCGCUGUACCAGGGCUGAAAUUUUCUUUUGCUAAACGAAGAUAGUAGUCAUCAGUAGUACCCAAAAAGGAAAAAAGGGAGAUAGCAGUCAUCAGGCUUUCUUUCUCACUGCUUCAACAAGUAAUUUCUGCCCCCAUCUGCACACUUUGAGUCUUUUGUAGAAAUCUUCCACUAGACCACAGAAUUUUGGUAAAAAUACACAAAAUUGAGCAUCUAAUCUUGACCAGUAAAUUUGAUGAUUUUGACCGUUAUGGCCCAGAAGUGCAAAAUUUUUGGAGCACCUCGAAAGUUCAGACGAAUGCGAGAUGAAGUUUUUGAUAUAAUUUUUUUAAUUUGUAAUUGGCUUCAUUCUCUGCAUAAUAUGCGUUGGAAUCGCACAUUGUACAUCUUUUACUGUAUACUGAGUACAGAAAGUUACGAAAUUCAAGGUUAUGGAAUUCUUUGUAAACUUCUAUCACGAUCCUCUUGAGUUGAGUAUAAGAACAGCAUAAGCCAGCUUGUCUCAAAUGCCCCUUUUGUUGAGACUUGAAUUUUUU